AUGCCUCAGCCCACGACUCCACCGACGGCCCCUCCGCCGCUCGGAACCCCACCACAGGCGCCCCGUCUGCCGUCGUCAAAGUCGCCGCUGCCAGCCUGGUUUCCUUCAUGGGACAGACACCUCUCGCCGCCACUACGGCCCCACCCAACGCCGCUGCCGCUGCCGCCGCCGCCACAAUCGCCGUGUUCCUCCGUUUUCCCAGUACCGAUGGACGCUGAGGCUGCCGUCACGCCGCCGCCGCCGUCGCCCACGGAGGUUGUUGCUCCGCUUGCUCAUCCGAGCAUACCCAAUAGCGGUGCGCGGCCUGGGCAAGUUUUCGACGAGAAAAUCGGGGUCGCUAGUGGACAGCACGCCUCGGCAGUUCCGCUGUUCGCCCCCUCAGCUGCGGCCCCCUGGGCGCCUCCACCUGUCGUCGGAAGCCCUACUCAAUGGCGGUGCAUCACUUCAGGAGGAGGGAUGUGGUAUCGAUAG